AUGGCGUCGCCAACAACCACAGAGGCCCUCCCGCCAUCAAUGGCAUGCACUUCCAUCCUCGACAACGACUUGUACAAAUUCACAAUGCAACAAGCUGUCCUCCAGCACUACCCCAACACACCUUGCUCCUACCACUUCACCAACCGGUCCCCACUACUGGCGCGACUCCCUCGUGCUGCACUCCCUUGGUUGCAGGAGAAGAUAGAUAGCAUGGCAACUGUGCGACUUACCCCCGAGGAGAGGGUGUUCUUGGAGAGGAGGUGUCCUUAUUUGAAGGCAGCAUAUUUGGAUUGGUUGGAGGGCACGUUUCGGUUCUGCCCGAGGGAGGAGGUGAAGAUCGAGUGGAAAGCCGGAGGAGGGUCGUUAAUGGUUCAGUCGGAGCCUGGGUCGCCUCGUCUUGACGCUUCUGGAGAUCUGCAGGAGGCUCCUUUGACCAACAACGCAGGACUCAACACUCGCGUCUCACAACUCCAACACGAACAACAGACGACCACCAAUAAGGACGAUAUUGUCGAGAUCACGAUCCAAGGAGAAUGGGCACAGGUGAUCCUCUACGAAGUCCCCAUCCUCGCCCUAGUCUCUGAAGCCUACUUUCGUUUCGGCGAUCAGGACUGGUCCUACACUGGACAAUUCGAAUCCGCCCGCUCCAAAUCUGAACGUCUUGUCGCUGCUGGGGCGUCGUUUGCGGAAUUUGGGACGAGGAGACGUCGUGAUUAUGAGACCCAGCGGAUUGUUAUGCGGGGACUUAUUGCCGGAUCUGCGUCAGCUACCACGAAGGAUGACGGGGAGGCUGUGGCGAUGACGGCAGCAGAGGCGACUGCAGCGGGAAAGGGCUUUUUGACAGGAACCAGCAACCUCCAUUUCGCGCAUAUCAUGGACCUCCUCCCAAUUGGAACCAUGGCCCACGAGUGGUUCAUGGGCACAGCCGCCAUCCUGUCCGACGCCUCCCUCGCAAACGCUGAGGCCCUCUCCCGCUGGGCUCAAACCUACCCCCACCAAGCACUUGGGAUCGCGUUGACCGACACCUUCACCACCGCAGCAUUCCUCAAGACCUUCCGUGGCCCACUCGCUCGAGACUGGAUCGGAGUCCGACAUGAUUCCGGCGACCCAUCCGAGUUCAUGGAUAGGAUGAUCCAGCACUACGAUCAGGACCCGCUUGUUGGCCCAGAAAUGAGAAGGAAGAAGAAGAUUGUCUUCUCGGACGGUUUGGAUACCGACCUCGCGAUCCGGUUGUACGAGGCUGCAGUGCAGAAGGGUAUCGGGGCGACCUUUGGGAUCGGCACACAUUUCACCAACGAUUACCAUCACGUUUCUGGAACAAAAGAAGAAAAGUCGCCGGCGAUGAAUAUUGUGAUCAAGUUGCAUUCGUGUGCGGGACGGGAGUGUGUCAAGUUGAGCGACGACCAUGGCAAGGAGAGUGGGUCCCCUGAGGCGGUUGCACAAGUCAAGCAGCAGAUCGCUGCCCUGGGUUAG